AUGGCUUCCGCUCAAGCCUCUUCCAUCCUGAGCCAGCUCGCCGAAGCAGGCCAAGCAUUCAAGCAGGAUGAGCCUGGUUCACGAGAGGCUCUGAUCGCGCACAGCCGCGCGCUUGUCGCCGCCCUGGAAAUUCCCAGUGAAUUUAUCCAGAGGACAUUCUGGGCCGAGCCCGCCCAAUCUGCGACUAUCCGCCUAGCAGUAGACACAAACCUCUUCCAGCACCUUCGCGACGCAGGUGCCGCCGGCCUGGACGCCACAACCUUAUCACAAAGUACAGGAAUUGAAACAUCCCUGCUCCAGCGCCUGACCCGCCACCUGGUAGCGAUGAACCUGCUUACCUUCCACAACGACGCAUUCCAUGCCACCGAGCUCAGCAACGGACUCGCCGAGGAGCGAUACCAGCAUAGCAUCUCGUUCUGCUAUGACGCGGCCAGACCGUCGUUCAAUGGAUUCCCGGCAUACUUCAAGGAGAAUGGAUAUCGGGCGCCCACGCUUGGGGGCACGGAUGGCCCUUUCCAGGAUGCCCAUGGGACAGACUUGAGUUUCUUUGAGUGGCUUGUUGCCACGCCGCCGCAUUUGAGACAUUUUGAUUCUUUCAUGUCGGCCUAUCGAGCGGGUAAGAAGAAUUGGUAUGAUGAGGGGUUCUAUCCUGUUGCUGAGCGGUUGGUGGAUGGGUUUGAGAAGAGUGGGGACUGUGGUGUCUUGCUUGUUGAUGUUGGGGGAGGUCGGGGUCAUGAUGCUGCGGCCUUUGUGGAGGGGCUUGAAGAGAAGGUUGGGAAGGUCAUUCUGCAGGAUCGUGAGCCUGUUAUUGAGAGUGUAGUUGGUAGUGCGGUGGAGAAGUUAGGGUUUGAGGCUCAGGCUCAUGAUUUCUUCACACCCCAGCCUGUGGUUGGUGCCCGGGCUUAUUCUUUGCAUUCUAUUCUUCAUGACUGGAGUGACGAAGAUGGAGUGAGGAUUCUGGAGAAUCUCGUUCCGGCGCUGAAGAAGGGCUAUUCGCGGGUUCUGUUGAAUGAGAUUGUCGUCAGUGAGGAGCAACCUACGCUCGCGGCUACUAGUAUGGAUAUGAUGAUGCUGGCACACUUUGCUGUGCGGGAGAGGACUGAGGCCGAAUGGAGAAGCAUCUUGGAGCGAGCUGGGUUGAAGGUUGUGGCGAUUUACACGUAUCCUGGUGUUGCAGAGAGCCUGAUCGAAGCCGAGUUGAUUUAG